AUGGAACAUACCAACAUAUUUACUGAAAAAAUUAAUGAAUUUUUAAAAAAAAAAAAAAUAAGAGAAAAUAUAUUAGUUUAUGAUAAAGAAAAAAAAGAAAAAAAAUAUGACGUGAAUAAUUUUAAAGUACAUCGAACACCCGAGAUACAUAAAAAUGCUGUGCAUUUUAUUUUGCAAAGUGAAAAAGACAAUGCUAAUAAAAACCAGGUUACUGAACAUGCAAUAGGGCAUGAUAAUAUAAAAGAUGGUGAAAUAAUUCCAAAAAAUCUUACUGACUCUUCUAUUUUAAAAAUAAAAAAUAUAAAACUAAAAAUUAAUAAAUAUCUAGACAAAUGUCAUGAUGUAUCCACUGAAAAGUUAAAAAAAUAUCAUAUCGAUGUAAAUAAAAUAAUAGAUGAAAUAAAAGAAGAAACACUAAUUCGAACAGGUUUAUUACAAAAGGAUCUACAAACUUCAAACCAACUAAUCGACGAAUAUAUUCAAAAGUCAAUCACCAUAAAAUGGGAUAAUCCAAAUGUUGAUUUUCAAUCCCUUGCAAAUAAAAAAGAUAACUACCAAGUUGCAAUAAAAUAUUAUCAAAAUAUAUUCUUAUUUUAUUUAGACAAAAAUUUUAUAUCAAGCCCAAAUAACACUCUCGACAAUCCACUGACCAAUAACAGUAACAACAACGGUAGUUGUAGAAAUAACAAAAUUGAGAAUGGGACUAAGACAGAACAUUUUCAAACAAUCGAAGAAAUAAAAAUCCAUAUAACUCAAAGAAUGGAAGAAAUUUCAAAUAAUUGGUUAUCAGUUGAAAAUAUAUUUACUAAAUUAAAUGAAAAUAUUAUUAAUUUCAUUUUAUAUUUUGAAAAAAAAUAUGAAGAUUCAAAAAAAGAUAUAAAUAAAAAGAUACAAGAAUUAGAAACCCAAUUAAAAGAAACAAUAUAUUAUACUAAUAACGAAAUAAAUGUUUUAAUUGAUAAUGAAAAUGAAAAAAAUAAUAUAUUUAUUGAACUUUUAAAUUAUUUUAAUGAUUAUAUAUUACAUUUAUAUAAAUAUAUAUAUAAUAAAUAUAAAGAAUGUGAAAAUAUUUUUUAUAAUAUUCUUAAUGAACAUGAUCAUAAUGAUAAUUGUUAUGUCUAUUUGUCUAUUUACGAAAAUUAUAUAAAUAAUUUAAAAAAUGAAAAGUUUUUAAAAUAUAUAAUUAAUAUCUUUGAAAAUAAUUAUCUAAAUAUAUAUAAUGACAGAAUAAAUCAAAUCAAAAAAGAUGAAUAUUUUGUGAACUUUUUUAUUUUAGAAAAUUCACAAGAUUUCUUUAUCCCUUUUAAUCAAUAUUAUGAAAAUUAUAUGAACAAAUAUGAACAGAUAGAAUAUCUCCUAAUUAGUUAUAAAAAUGUUAUCCUUAAAUUAUUUUUUGAUUUUACCAAUUUUACCAACAUUAUAAAAAACCAUACUAAAAAAAAAGGAGAGCUAGCUAAAGAUCAAACCUAUAAAAUUCUAUCUAAAUUAAAAAAACGAGACGCUACCAAAAAUCUCACACAUUUUGAUGACAAAAAAUUAAAAAGAGAAAUUUAUGAACAUUAUAUAAGUAAUAUACUAAAUUAUUACAAUGCUAUAAAUUUAAGAGAUGAUUAUUUUUUAUUAACAUUUUUUGAAUUUUUAGAAAAUUUAAAAAGUUAUGUAAUUAUGUCCUAUAUAGAAAUACAAAAAAAUAUAACACAUUACAACAAUUAUUGCAAAAUAGAAAGUAACAAAUUAACAAAAGACUUUGAUAUUUUAUAUAAUAAAUAUAAUGUUAAUGUUAAAAAAUGUAUGAACUGUACAGAUUAUUUACAACUCACCGAAUUACACAAAAAAAAUUUAGAGCUAGCCAAAAAUAUUCAAUUAUUUUUUUCUACUGUUGAAGAAAAUGCUAAUUCUACCAACAAUAAAUUUGUUACAAAAUUGAAAGAAAAAUUAGAGAUCUUAUUUUUGUCAGUUUUAAAAAAGGCCAAAAUUAUUUCUACAGACAUGCAAGAAGCCAUAAUAGUAGAAAAAAAAAAUAAAUCUACCAAAAAAAAAAAUUAUGAACAUGUCAGAACAUAUAACGAUACAGAUUUAAAAGUGCCAAAACAGGAAAAGGAAAAUAAUAAAAAAAUAAUAAAAAAUAUAGACCAAGAUAGUACAAAUGUGAAACAAAUAAACAUUAAUGAAGAUGAUAAUAUUGUGAUUAAACAACUUAUAGGAGAAGAAAUAAACUACAAAUACAUUUUUGAUUUUACAAGCUUUUUUCAAACUAUUUAUGACAAUUAUAAGAAUAAUAUUAAAACCUUAUUAUGCUCUAAAGAAUUUAAAUCGAAAAAUAGUUAUCCUCUAUACAAAAAAAAUGAAAAGAAUAAGACCUACGAAAAAAGACACCAAAAAAAAAAAACAUGUAACAUACAAAUGAAUAAUGGGAAGAUAAAGAUAAGUACCGACAUAUUGGUACAAAAUAUGCUUCAAUUUCAAAAAAAAAAAAAUGAAGAACUAGCCAAAAGAGAUCAGCUAGCUGAAAUAGACAAAAAACAAGAGGAUAUUUCUUUCUUAAAUCAGGAUAAAAAUGAUGAAAAAGAAAAUGAUAAUAUACCAAUUGAUGAACUAAACUAUGAUAAUAUUAUGUACAACAUUAAUAUUUUAAAAAAGAUAUUUGAGGAUUUUUUACAAACAUAUUACACAAAUUUUAAGGGGGUCCUCUUUGAACAUAUGUUAAAAAUAAAAGAGAAUGUCGAACAAGAAGAAUAUACAAAAUAUUUUGAAAAGAUAUACAAAAAUAACUAUAUAAAAACUAUAGAAGAAAAUGAAAAAGCAAUUAGUCAAAUAGCCGAAAAUCUUAAAUAUAAGUUUAUAAAAAAUAAACAAAAUUUUGAUAACUUAAUAAACAAAUUGAAUAAUUUAAUAAAUGAGUAUACACAUGUUGUAGACAAUCAAAAUAUAGAAGAACUACUUAUGAAAUCUUUGAAUAAAGUUAACAAAUUGUUUUUAAAAAUGGAAAAAAAGGAUGAAAAAAAAGAUGAAAAAAACUACAAGCGUGAGCAUCAAAAUGACUAUGAAUAUGGAGAGGAAAACUUUGAUGUACUUGUUAAUAAUUUCAAAAAUAACUAUAAAAAUUUUCAAGAUAAGUUACAAAAUAUGAUAAAUGAAUUAAAUAAGGAAAUUAAAAAAGUCCAAACAUAUUAUGACAUGGUCAUAAAAAUAAAGGAACAAAAUAUAGACAUUGAAGAAAUAAAAAAAUGUUUGCAAAAUUCUAUAAAUUUUCGUCAAAAUAUUAUUAAAAAAAAAAAUAAUAUUCAAAAUUUAUAUAAUUCAAACAUUUAUAUAUUUAACAAUAAAAUGAAAACAAUAAAAACAAAUAAUGCUACCAUAAAGAAAGUAACCAAAAAUACAUUAACAACUAAUGAGACAAUUACGUACUUACAUACCAAAGAAGAAAUUAAAAAUAUUAUUUUAAUAUUCUAUUUUUUAUUAUAUCAUAUUAAAAAUUCUAUUUUUAUUACAAAAAUAGAUAAACAAAAUAAUAGCCAAUAUGGUAAUACUCCUAAAUUCUCUUUACCCAUAACUACCUUGCCUGGUCAGGUAAAAAAAACAACCAUUAAAUCGAGUAUAAGAGAAGAGAAAAGCAGUAACAAAGAUGAAACAAAAGAUAAUACACCACAAAAUAAAAAAAUAUUACCUAAUCCGACUAGUGAUAAUAAAAAGGUUAUUAUAAAUACAAAUGAAAUAAAUAUAAAAACUACAUUUGAAGAAAUAGACAAACAUAUAUAUAAUAAACUUCAAAUUUUUCAAAAAAUAAAAAAUAUAUAUGAACUAAGAAUCAAUACAAAUUCCAUUUUAGAUAAUAUUUUCCUUUCUACAUUUAUUUCAAAAAAUAUUAACAGUCUCUUAUUCUCAAAAAGUGGAAACCCCCUUAAAGAAGAAAUAGAUCAUGUAAUUACUUUUUCUACACAAAAUAAAAAGGAUUCCAAAGAAUCUUCAAAAUUGUCUAACGAUUUUAAUGGAUCAGAAAAAAAAAUUGAUAAGGAAAAUAGUUUAGGAAAAAAAACCGAAGGAGACCUAAAUUUAGUAGACACAGAAAAUGAUGUAGCAAAAUAUAUAGAAAAUAUUUUAACUCGAAAAAAAUAUAGUGAUUUAAAAUUUUUUUUAUAUACUUGUAUAUAUAUUAUAAGUAUAAUAACCAAAAUUUUAACUCCAUAUAAUAAUAAUUUUUUUAAAGAAAAGACUGGGGAAUAUAAUCAUGUUUUAUUUAUAUAUUAUGAUAUUUCUUAUUUAAUAUAUAAAAAUUAUAUCUUACAAAAUGAUGAAAAAAUAAAAAAUAAUAAUUUAAAAGAAUUAUAUAUACAAAAAGAUACAAUGUCUUCUUAUAUUUAUUUUACUAAUAAUAUGUUAUAUAAAAUAAAAUUAUUUAAUUUAUAUAAUUUUGAAAAAAAAAUUGUAGAAGAAUUUUUACAUACUCAUUUUUACACAUUAACUAAAAUCCAAAUUAAUGAAAACAAAGAAAAUCCAAACUGGAUUAAAAUAAGAGAAGAGUAUAUGCCAGACAUUUACACAUUAGCAACUUACUUGAAAGUUAUCUCGAAAAAAAUUGCAUAUUUUACAUUUAAAGAAAUUUAUGGACACCACAACCAUCUUACCAGUCAACGGAUAGGCAUAAUGCAACAAAAUUUUAUCUUAAAGUUUGAAAAAACAAGUGAAGAAUUAGAAAUAAAAGAUGAUGCUCCAGAUUCUAAAUUAAUGAGAAAAACUGAAUUAUAUAAAUUAUUCAAUUUAUAUAUUAUAGGAAUAAAAAAUAUUUUAUCAAAUCAUUUAUAUUCAUUAUAUGAAAACCUAUAUAGUAAUUUUAUUUUUUUCGUAUACCUUUUAAAUAUGUUACCUUGCAAUUCCAGACUAGAUCUAAACGAAUCUCCUCAUAAUUUUCCACACCAAGCAUGUGACACAAACUUUGCAAAAAUCCACUUUAUGGAUAGUUCCAUCGAUUACGACUUAAGUGAUAUCAAAAAAAAAGUAGAAAGCGUAUACGGAAUUAAUUAUGAAAAAAAAAAAAAAAAAAAAAUCAGUGAAACAAAAAUAACCAAUAAUCUAAAUAAAGACCAUUUCCAUAUGCCAUACAAUAAUGAACAUUCCUAUAUUGUGAAUAAAUUGGAAAAAAAAAUUGAAAAGUAUAUGAUAAAAUUUUAUGAAGAUAUAACAAAAAAGAUGGAUACGAAGAAAAUCGAAAUAAUCAAAAUAAUUUCAAACGAUAAAAAAAAUAACAGAAAAUAUUAUGAAGAAAAAAUAUAG